AUGAGAGACCAAAGGAUGCAUGGAGACUACACAAUUCAAUAUUGGAAUGAGCUGAAAGCAGCCUUACACAGGCGACAUAUCCCGGCCUACUAUCUAUGUGUGAGAGUAGAAGAACAAAAUAAGAGAAAAGCUUCCACCAAAAGAACCUACCUUACCACAUCAUCAUAUAGGAGAGAUCUUAAGAGGAAGGGUAGCUUUCCAAGAUAUGAGGAAACAAAGGAGAGAGAGCGAGAAAGACCACAAGACAAGCUCAAAGGCAAAGAUAGAGAGCUAAAAAGAGACAAAGAAAGCUAUAAGGGAAAAAAACAAAGGACUUCAAGAGAGCCACCUAGAGAUACCAAGGAUAGAGAGACUAGAUGUUUCAAAUGUGGAGCAAGAGGACACUAUUCAAAUGAGUGUCACUUCAAAAAGUCAACCUAUAUCCUUGAACAUGAGAGUCCAAGUGAGAAGUCCUCUUCUAGCGUGUCUGAGUUGUCCUCAUCUGAAGAGGAACAUGAAGCUCCACCUUGUGAUGGAGAUCUUCUCAUGGUUAGAAGACUCCUCGAGGCAAAGCAUGUUGAGUUAGAACAGACUCAACGAGAAAACCUAUUCCACACUCGCUGCAAAGUUCUUGAAAAUACCUGUUCUAUGAUUGUGGAUAGUGGUUCUUGUUGUAAUUGUUGUAGCUCUAGAAUGGUUGAAAAGCUAGGCUUAACNCCUACUCCUCAUCCUAACCCUUACAAACUUCAAUGGAUAAAAAAGGAUGAAGGAAUAGUUGUUAAGGAACAAGUAAGUGUUCCCAUUUCCAUAGGCAAGUAUGAAGAUCAAAUCAUUUGCGAUAUUGUUCCAAUGGAAGCGGGUCACACUUUACUUGGACGGCCUUGGCAAUUUGACAAACAAGCUUUGCAUGAUGGAGUCACCAACAAGAUAAGCAUUCAACAUAAAGGCAAAAAGAUUAUCUUGAGCCCUCUUACACCAUCACAAGUGCGAGAGGAUCAAAUAAUACUUAAGAAGAAGUUGGAUAGUGAGAAAAAGCUCCAUUCUACCAAAGUUUCCAAAGAGAAAAAGUUGAGUUUGGUCGAAUGUGCCUCAAUCAAUGAAGUUGUCCCACCACACUCUUCUAAAAAUCUUUUCCUUGGACAACCUCACUUUCUUCUCUAUUGUAAGGAGGCACUUCUUUACAUAAAUCAUCCACUUGAGUCUCAUCCAAAGGGGUUACAAAAGCUUUUGAACGAGUUUGAUGAUUUAUUUCCUAAAGAGGUUCCAAGUGGAUUACCACCUCUUAGAGGAAUUGAACAUCAAAUUGAUUUGAUUCCUGGUGCUAGCCUUCCCAAUAGGCCAGCUUAUAGGACUAAUCCCACACAAACCAAAGAGAUAAAGAAGCAAGUUAAUGAUUUAUUGGGAAAAGGGUGGAUACAAAAGAGCCUUAGCCCUUAUGCGGUGCCAGUGUUGUUAGUCCCUAAGAAAGAUGGUUCUUGGCGAAUGUGUACAGAUUGCAGGGCUAUUAACAACAUUACAGUCAACAAAGGUCUUAAAGAGCAUCUUCAUCAUGUGAGAAAAGUCUUGAUUUUGCUUCGUCAACAUCAUUUAUUUGCUAACUUUGACAAAUGUACCUUUUGUCAAGAAAGUGUUAUUUUUNUGGGCUUCAAAGUUGGGAAAGAAGGUGUACAUGUUGAUCCUAGCAAAAUCAAAGCUAUCCAAGAGUGGCCUGUCCUGAAAACAGUGGGAGAAGUAAGAAGUUUUCUAGGUCUAGCAGGUUUCUAUAGAUGCUUUGUAGAAAAUUUCUCUACUAUUGCUGCUCCCCUCAAUGAACUUUUAAAGAAGGAUGUGCCAUUCAAAUGGGAUGAAAAACAAAGUCUAUCCUUUGAGACCUUAAAACAUAAGCUAACACAUGCACCCAUUCUACAUUUACCUGACUUUUCCAAAGCUUUUCAAGUAGAAUGUGAUGCUUCCGGGAUAGGAAUAGGAGCUGUGCUUAUACAAGAAGGUCACCCUAUGGCUUAUUUUAGUGAAAAACUUAAGGGACCUACUUUGAACUAUCCUACCUAUGACAAAGAACUUUAUGCCCUUAAUAGAGCAUUGAAAACUUGGGAACAUUAUUUGGUGUCUAGAGAGUUUAUUAUCAACACUGACCAUGAAUCUUUCAAGUAUAUUAAAGGGCAAGGAAAGUUGAACAAGCGAGAGGCAAAGUGGAUUGAGUACCUUGAGCAGUUUCAAUAUGUCAUCAAACAUAAAAAAGGGAGUACUAAUAGUUCAAACACUUAUGCCUCUUCUGCACCCUCUCCUCUAGCUUCCUUCCCUCUUGGAAGGCUUUCAGAGCUUGAGAAUCCUUGCUUCUUCCACACACAUUCAUUGAAGCCUUCAUCAAACACCUUUCGUGCUUCAUGA